CCCCAGUCCCAGCUCCGGCCGCAGUCCCAGCUCCAGCCCCGGCCCGGUCCUGUCGUGCGCACAGCGGUGGACCCGCGGGCAGAGCGCACGGGGGGCCAUGGCGCGGACCCUGGGCGCUGUCCUCCUCUUCCUCCUCCUUUGCGGCUCCGCGGCGGCCGGCCCUACGUUCCUGGUGGCAGCUCCUUGGAACAUCAGGCCUGGAGCAAACGUGAGUGUUGGGAUAGCCCUGCUGCCGGACAGCCCAGCCCUGGUCACUGUAACGGGAGAAGUGAUCCGAGAUAACGAGACCAUCUUGAGCAGGGAAAUGGUCUUUGAGAAAGAUUCCUUUGGGACUCUCGUUCUUCCAGUACUGCCUUUAAACAGUCCUUCUGGGAAUUAUGAAUUACUGGUGGAAGGCCAUGCUGAUGGUCGGCGCAUCUUCUCUAACCGUACCAGCUUGAUGUACAUGUCAAAGAGCAUCUCCGUAUUCAUCCAGACCGAUAAAUCUAUUUAUAAACCAGGGCAAGAAGUGAUGUUUCGGAUUGUCACCGUCUUUCCUGAUCUCAGACCUUAUAAAGCAUCUCUGAAUAUAUAUAUCCGUGACCCUCGGAAGAAAUUGAUUCAGCAGUGGUUGAUGGAGGAAGGUGAUUUGGGUGUAAUUUCCAAAAAAUUUCAGUUAUCAAUGAACCCUCCACUGGGAGACUGGUCCAUAGAGGCAGAAGUGAAUGGUCAAGUUCAUUAUCAAAGUUUUAAAGUGAUGGAAUAUGUUUUACCAAAAUUUGAUGUUAUAAUAACAACACCAUUAUAUUAUUCUUUGAGAGAGGAAGACGUAACUGGUGUUGUCACUGCAAAGUACAUGUAUGGAAAGCCAGUAAAGGGAACUGUAACAAUCACUUGCCUUUCUGUGUCUUACUGGACAAACAAGAGAAAUAUAACAACAACAAUGGAGAUAAAUGGAUCUGUGAAUGUAACCUGUAACAAGCUUAUGCUGCAAAGCUUGAACACUGAUCGAUCAUGGCACCAAAGUGACACUGAUUACACAGACCCAAUAGAAAUUAUUGCAGUGGUCACUGAGUCACUCACAGGAAUCUCCCAAAAUUCAAGUACCAUCAUAUUUCCAAAGCAAAGUGACUAUUUUAUUGAAUUUAUGGACUACUCUAGAGUUAUAAAGCCUUCUCUGAACUUCAUAGCUACUCUAAAGGUGACCCGUUCUGAUAGCAACCAACUGACAGCUGAAGAGAGGCAGAAUCUUGUCGUAAUCACUGCGCAACAGUCAGACCUGCUUUUUCACCACUCUUCACUUUCACACCUUGAGAACGAGGCAACAGAGGAGAGAAAUCUGACAGUCCAUGUGCUGAAUUACACAGUGCCAGAAAAUGGAAUAAUUGAUGUUGAGUUUCCAAUCCUGCCAGAUACAAAAACUCUGAGAGUUCAGGCAGAGUUCCUCAGCAGUAGGACCGACAUAGGUGUUUAUGAUGUGUUCAGCUCCCCCAGCCAGACUUAUCUCCAGGUUAAAACAAAAAGCCAGGAUAUAAAGGCUGGGAAACCUUUUGAGCUGAGCAUUUCAAGCAACAAGCCAGUGAGAGAGUUCCACUAUCUGGUGUUAUCUAAGGAACAAAUUAUGGCUUUUGGCACAAAGACUGCAAAAACAUUCACUUUAACAGCAGAAAAUUCCUGGGCUCCUUUGGCAUGUAUACUUGUAUUCUACGUUGAUGAGCUUGGAGUGGUUGUAAAUGAUGCGCUCACUGUCCCCAUUCAGCCUGUGUUGGAUGACAAGAUUAAAAUCUCUUGGAGCAAGGAUAAGGUCAAGCCAUCUGAGAAAGUCUCCCUUAAAAUCAGUACAACAGAACCAGGAUCAGUAAUUGGACUUGCAGUCGUUGAUAAAAGUGCAAAGCUUCUAGGAGAAGCUAGUGACAUAACAGAAGAUUCUGUGUUCCAUGAGCUCAAUUUAUACAGCACAGUGCAAUAUUUCCCCCUGGUCAGAGGUUCUUUUGGUGUCUUUCAGAAAUGCAGCCUUUGGGUAUCAACUGAUGCAAUUCUUGAGGAGGAUAAGGAGCAUUUUCUUUAUGGUGGAAUGAUACCCAUAGAGGAUGGUUUCGGUGAUGAUAUGCCAGUAUCUAAAAAUGGACCUCCUGAUUUCAGCAAUCUCUAUGUGCGGACACAUUUUCCAGAGACUUGGCUUUGGAUCGACACUAAAACUAGAUCAGACACGGACACCACAAUGGAAGUCACUGUACCUGAUACCAUCACAUCCUGGGUAGCCAGUGCUUUUGUGAUGUCUGAAAACAGCGGGCUUGGAGUGACAACUGCUCCUGUGGAGCUAGAAGCUUUUCAACCGUUCUUCAUUUUCCUGAACCUUCCAUACUCUGUCAUCAGAGGAGAGCAGUUCAUUUUGGAAGUGAACAUCUUUAAUUAUUUAAAAGAGGAAGCUGAGGUUACUGUGAUCCUGGAUAUGAAUGAUGCUUUUGAAAUCAUUCUAACAUCCAAUGAAAUAAAUGCAACCGAAAAUCAACAGUCUGUGUCUGUACCAAGUGAAGAUGGGAAAACUGUUCAAUUCCCAAUCAAACCAAAACAGCUGGGAGAGAUUCCCAUCAAAGUGACAGCAAUAUCAUCUGCUGCUUCUGAUGCUAUCAUCCAGAAAGUUUUAGUAAAGGCUGAAGGAUUGGAACAGACGUAUUCUCAGACAGUCCUUUUGGAUUUGACUGGGAAUAAGCCACGAUCAGUGUCAAAAACUUUGGAUUUCACUUUUCCUUCUGAUGUUGUAAGUGGCAGUGAGAGAGUGCAGGUCACUGCUGUUGGUGAUUUACUUGGGCCUUCUAUCAACGGUUUGUCGUCAUUGAUUAAGAUGCCUUAUGGCUGUGGUGAACAAAAUAUGAUCAAUUUUGCUCCAAAUGUUUAUGUUUUGCAAUACCUGACUAAAACCAGGCAGCUGAGAGAGGAUAUUAAAUCAAAAGCUGUAUCAUUUAUGAGAAAAGGCUACCAGAGAGAGCUGCUUUUCCAGAGAGAUGAUGGCUCUUUUAGUGCCUUUGGAAAUGACGAUCCCUCUGGGAGCACAUGGUUAUCAGCUUUUGUAUUAAGAUGUUUCCUUCAAGCUCGUCCAUUCAUAGAUAUUGACCAAGAUGUACUCACGGAUACGGCUAAAUGGAUCAUUCGGCAUCAGAAGUUAAAUGGAGAGUUUCGUGAGCCUGGGAAGGUGUUACACAGUGAUCUUCAAGGAGGCACCAAUAAUCCAGUCACUCUCACAGCUUAUAUCAUGUCGUCCCUCCUGGGAUUCCCAGAUAAACAGCAUGCUUAUGUCAUCAAGAGUGCUACAAACUUUCUGGAAGAUAAAUUAGAAGAAGGCAUUUCAGAUAAUUACACUUUGGCACUUGUGACAUAUGCAUUGUCCUGGGCAAAAAGUAUAAAAGCAAAGGAGGCACUGAAUAUACUGAACCAGAGAGCCGAAGACCGAGGAGAAUUUCGUUUCUGGAUAACACCUGCUUCUGAAAUUUCUGAUUCAUGGCAGCCACGGUCCAUCGAUAUUGAACUUGCAGCAUAUGCUCUGCUAUCGCACUUUCAUCAAGACAGAUUAGCAGAGGGUAUCCCUAUUAUGAAAUGGUUAAGUCAGCAAAGAAAUCACCUUGGGGGAUUUUCAUCUACUCAGGACACGGUGGUGGCUCUGCAAGCCUUGAGUCUGUUCGCAACUCUAACUACUGCAGGCAGAACAGAAAUGGAUUUAACAGUGACAGCACCUUCUUUGAAAAUACCAGAAAUAUUUUCGAUUGAUACUCGAAACCGUUUUCUGCUUCAGACCAAGGAGCUUGACCCUGUACAACCAAUGACAAUUACAGUGGCAGCGGAUGGAACAGGAUUUGCUGUCUUUCAGCUCAAUGUUAUUUACAACACAAAGCACACUGAUCAGAGGCUCAGAUCUGUCCGAAAACAAGAAGCCUUUGACUUGAAUGUUGAUGUAAAGGAUGACAAAGAUGAUAAAAACCAUUUGACCUUGAAUGUGUGCACAAGGUACUUGGGUUCUGGCACAGCUCCCAGGAGUGGUAUGGUCCUCAUGGAGGUUGGCUUACUCAGUGGUUUCUCUGUGUCACCAGAUUUCAUUCCAUUAGACAAUACAGUUAAGAAGAUGGAAAAGGACAAUGGAAAAGUCAACCUAUACUUAGACUCACUAAAUGAAACGCAUGUUUGUGUGGAUAUUCCAACUGUGAGAGACUUCAAAGUGGCAAAUAUCCAAGAUGCUUCAGUGACUAUAGUGGAUUACUAUGAACCUAGGAGAAGAGCGGCGAGAAGCUACAAUUCAGAAGUAAUGCAGAGCAUAACCUUUUGUGACUUCUGUGAAAGCGAUUGUAGUCUUUGCCACCGAGAUAGUUCUGCAGCCUUGCUUCAGCACUCUUCAUUGGACUCCUUGUUCUGUCUGCUGUUUGUCCUUCAUGUAAACUUGCUGUACAGCUGUGUGCUGUAAAAAGGAAACAGAUUAUGUUACACAUCUAAGGUUUCCGUAAAUUAUCCAAAGAAAAUUUUAUGUUCAGAUACCAGCCCAUCUUUAGUGAUUACAGUGACCAAACUCCUGCUGUCUUAAGGAAGAGCUGGGCUGGCCCAUAUAGUAAAUUUCUGGCUGUGCCAGAAAACUUCGUUAAGUGUCUGCUGGAAAAACUUUCCAAGCGUUAGUUUCAUACUGAAGUUAUUUUCUGAAGAAGCACAGAAUUACUGAGAAAGCAGUCUGAGAAAACACAAACCUAGCUCCAUGCUUCCACUCCCUUUACCCCUGCUUUCCAUUGCGCUUGUUUGUUUUUAGGGAUGUAUGUUAAGUUUACCAUGCUUAUCUGAAACACUGUUUGCUUCUCCUUUGGGUUGUUGGUAAGCAGGGUGCUGGGAGCUUAGUAUCAGAGCUUGCUUUGUUCUCUUCUGCAGACAUGACGCUUAACUUGAAUAUUGAGUUUCACCAUAUGCUCUCAUAGGGAAUAAUAUGAAAAAUAAAGGAAGCUGGCUUCACAGCAGAUGCAAGAGCCAAAAAGUGCUGCAUUCACAAACUGCUGAAUGCCCCAGAUAAUUAUCAGUCUUUUUUUAUCAUUACAGAGAAGCUGGGUGGAUUUUUUACCAACUCAUAAGCUGAUCAUGUUGGAAAAUAAGGCCUCGGGAUGUUCUCAUGCAUUUUACUCUGAAGGGCUUUUACUGUAAAUGUAUCAAAGAUGGAGUCUAUGUUUGAGACUUCGUUUUUUUUCCAGGGUAUUCAGAAACAAACCUAAUUCUGUUUCCAUGGGAAAAUGCUGGUAUCUGCUGGCAUAUUUAUGGCCAGCAGGAUGAAGGUUGCUUGGAUCCUUUUCUGAUUUUUGAAAGUCUUCUAAAAAUGUCACUCUGGGGUAUCAUGUAUGUCUUGAGUUUGCAGUGUCAUCUUGUCAAUGAUUUAAGUGCUGUAACCCUAAACAGCUGUUUACUGCUCCCUAUGCCAUGUCAGUUGGUUGGCCCUGAAUGCCAUCCGUGCAUGCAACUCCACUUGUUGGUUGGUGGAGAAGGUUUUUAGGAGGCAUGGGCUGCACAUGCAUUCAGCCCAGCAAAAGAAUUGACAUACUUGUUUAAUUUUAAGCACAACCUUGUAUGCUUUAGUGUUUUGCUGAAGUGGGGUGGAUGAGAGUGCUGGUGAAGAGCAGUGGCACUUCUACACCCAAACUGGCUUUUUGCACAUGGGGAGAAUUACAGGUCUCUGUAAAUAUGGAAAUACAUGAGUUUGGAGCUUUUGUCAUGAGUGAGUGCAUAAGUAUCUUUCCUGUCUGGCAGCUGACUAAUUAUUCUGGAACACUGCCUGUGAUAGCUAAUGCUUACUUCUUUUUGACAAGGAAACCAAGCUGAUUGAUAACAUUCCUAGUACUAAAAUGAAGUUAAUAGCUGUCAUGCCAACUAACAGAGGUAGACAUUUUAAGGCUAAUGAUUCCCUUUCUUUCCUACCUUUUUGAGACGGAGUGUGUAUGUGUGCACAUGUAAUAAUAUGGCAGUCACUUUUCUUGAGCAUUUUCUAAUUUUUAUCCACAUUUUGCUACUACUUAAAAUGUAUAUUUUUGUAUUUUAUGCUUAUCUAUACUUUUUUUUCACAAAGGAAAUUAGUGCAUGGUAGUAUGGGAGAGGCCUGAAGUUCCUGAACUGAGUGCCUUCUAAUACCGAGGUAUAGGUUUUUAACUGCAAAACUAUUUUAGGUGGGGUUAUUUGUUUUACUUAGUUGUAUUUAGAAUUUAAAAUGUUUUUUACAAAUAUGAGGUUCUGUUCUGACUCUCUGGCAGAGCUUAGGCCUGGUUCUUUAUAGUCAGCUGAUGCUUUUUACUUGUCUUUGAUGCAUUUUUGGUCUAGUCCCUUGAAUAGUUGAUUAACGUGAGUGCAUUAACAUGAGUGCCUGUGCUGUUCUGGCCCGCAUGAAGUAAUACUAAGUGAAAUCCAAAGCACUCCUUAGUCAACAUGAUGCAGGAUCUGACCCCUCUGUAAGUUGUGGCCUUGGUUACAUAGGUCCAGUGCAAAUAGAAACUAAGAUACAAACUGAAACACAUGUUUGUGUUUCAAAUCCUUUACUCAUAUAUGGGAGCGUAGACUGAAUUGUGCCAAGUGUAAGAUCUGGAAAAUACUGUGAGCUGGCAUGUAUUGUGCUGUGGGUUUGAUUUCUUGGUGACCUACGAAAGCAGGUCUGUUGCCUUUGGGCACCUUGACAUGUCAUUUGCCUUCAUUUAAUAUAAUUUCAAGAACCCAGAGCUCACAUACUUUUGUUUUUUACUAUAUAUAGAGCUUCUCAAAGAGACGUUAAUACCUGAUUAAUUUUGGGAUGAAAAGGCUUAUUUUCUAGACAAGAUGUACUGGAGAUAAACUGCUCCUUUGCAGUAGACAGUAGGGAUAAACUAGUUUUAUUUUGCAGGCAAUACCAGCUUCCUGAAUAUCUUUUAGAAAAAUGGAUUUAAACUGCUCAGCCUAAUUUCAGACAGAGGAGCUUUUCUUAGUAUUUCCCUACAUUUGUUUUUGAGACAAACCACAGAUGUUU